AUGCAAAACAAGCCUUGUUUACUUCUUUUCUUAGUUCUCAUUCUUUCUUGCUUCAUAGCUCAAAUCCUUGGGAACAAGCAAUCACAAGCACUUGCUCAGCUUUACAAGUCCAAGUUGAAGGAAGGUGCGGGCAUCGACACAAGCCAAUUCGAGGCAAUUCUUCACGCCAAUGGAGCCAAAAUUCAUCCUCAGGAGGGGUUGAAGGAGAAGGACAGGAUUGAUAGCUUGCCUGGACAACCCCAUGUGAAUUUCUCUCAGUAUGGUGGGUAUGUUACAGUGGAUAAAGAAGCAGGUCGUGCACUCUUUUACUAUUUUGUUGAAGCGGAGAAGACGAAGGAUUCCUCACGUCUUCUUCUAUGGCUCAAUGGAGGACCUGGAUGUUCUUCUCUUGGCUAUGGAGCAAUGCUAGAGCUUGGACCGUUCCGAAUCCACAGCGAUGGAAAAACACUUUACAGAAACAGAUUUUCAUGGAACCAUGCUGCUAAUGUUUUGUUCCUUGAGUCCCCUGCCGGGGUUGGAUUUUCUUACUCAAAUAAAACAUCUGAUUAUGAUGCCAGCGGGGAUAGAAUAACAGCUGCAGAUAAUUAUGUGUUUUUGGUGAAUUGGUUGGAGAGAUUUCCAGAAUACAAGGACAGAGAGUUCUAUAUUUCUGGUGAAAGCUAUGCAGGGCAUUAUGUACCUCAACUUGCACAUACUAUUCUUUACCAUAAUAAGAGGGCUAACAAGACAAUUAUCAACCUCAAGGGCAUAAUGAUUGGAAAUGCAGUGAUUAACGAUGAAACUGAUUCAAGAGGAAUGUACGACUACUUAGCAAGCCACGCCCUCAUUUCGGAUCAAACUGCAAACAAAAUCAACAAAUAUUGUGAUUUUUCACCCAAUGCCACAAAGCAGCCUAAGGCGUGCAGUGAUGCGGCUGAUGCUGCGGCUAAGGAUACCUAUUACAUUGACAUUUACAACAUCUAUGCCUCCUCAUGCGUUUCCUCCAACCUCACUGCAAAACCCAAAAAGGCUUCAAUAUUCGAAUUCGACCCGUGCAGCGAGUACUAUGCUUAUGCUUAUUUUAACCGGCCAGACGUUCAACAAGCUCUCCAUGCCAAUGUCACUAAACUCACACAUGACUGGGAACCAUGCAGUGAUGUUAUCGCAAACUGGGCCGAUGGUGCAUCGACCGUACUGCCCCUUUUAAAAGAGUUCCUGGCUAAUGAUGUUCGACUGUGGAUUUUUAGUGGAGACAUAGAUGCAAGGGUACCAGUCACUUCAACAAAAUAUUCUAUUGAAAAGCUGAAUCUUCCAAUAAAGACUGAAUGGCAUGCUUGGUUUCUUGGUGGAGAGGUUGGUGGUUACACACAAGUGUAUGAAGGAGAGCUAACAUUUGCUACAGUGAGAGGGGCAGGGCAUCAAGUGCCAAGCUAUCAGCCUGCAAGAGGACUUUCCCUCAUCAAGCACUUCCUUGAUGGCACACCACUCCCUAAUACUACAAGACAUACUUAA